GAAAUUCGCUUUAGAAUGCUUAGAUCCUUGUUCAGCCCCAUGAGGUUGUCUUCCAUGUUGAAGCCAGUGACCAAAAAUGUGCUGCCUGUGACAAACUAUAUGACUUCCAUUCGUUCCAAUAUUCCUAUAGCUUCUCAGCUUGGCAAUGUAUUCAGUCAUCAGAAAAGGUACGCUACACUCAACCAAGUUAAGUAUGGAAAACAGGGCUUUCCAAACAAGCCUUAUGUGAGUAAGGCUCCAGAUUUGGAGACUGCUCCAUUUAGAAAAGGUGUCGUUUUGCGUGUGAUGAUUCUCAAGCCUAAGAAGCCUAACUCGGCAUUGAGAAAGUGUUGUAGAGUAAGAUUGACUAAUGGGAAUGUAAUUUCAGCUUUGAUUCCAGGAGAGGGCCACAACUUGCAAGAGCAUCACAUUGUUUUGGUUCGUGGUGGAAGAGUACAAGAUAUUCCUGGUGUCAAGUACCAUUUGGUGAGAGGUGCCUAUGAUUUGGCAGGCGUAGCCAAUAGGGCCACUUCUAGAUCAAAGUACGGUGUCAAGAAGCCAAAGCAGUAAAAGUAAUGUAAAUUAUUUUAAAGACAGCAUCAAGCUAUAUGAGGCUACUAAUGCUUGAGGGUCAAUACCUAUAAGCAAUACUAUAUAAUCAUUGACACCUUCUAAACUUCAUAGAAUCAAGAUUCAUACUCCUUUGUACAUAGACGAACUCAUGAAUAUACUAUCUAAUGUU